ACCUAUCAAUCAAAACAAUGCGAGCGGCGCGCUGAAAUGCCGCGGCCUGUGUAUCUUACACGGGCUUGGGCGACGUUCUGUUUGGGUUUUUGUGGGAGUUUGAUUUUUUUUGCGUUGGGAAAAAAACUAGUGUACCGCCUGUCAACCAUGUAAAGGACAGAAAGUCAUAAAAUAUGUGCUUUUUGAUGAGAGAGGAGGAUUUUAUUUACAAGAGCCAUGAGUGAGAUUAAGCCCAGGCCCAGCUUUAAGAGCACACACACUCACACACACACUUUUUCUCGAUAUACAGCGCGUGGAAUUGAUUUUUUAAAAAUGAUUUCUGAUCAUUAUAUAAUUAAUUUUAUUAUUAUUACUACUACUGCAGCGUUCAGAUGUCCAUCUAGUAGUGUCAUUAAUUAUACUUGUAUCAUGAUUUGACUUUAUGAUGUUAUAAUAAUAUUUAUAAUUAAACACUACUCUUGUGAUCGAUGUUAGUAGUAUUUUAUUAAACACACUUUGUACGCACUGAAUUACAGCAUUCCUAUAUAAUUAGCGGGUUAGCUAACUUAGCCUUGUUAGCAAGUUGUAGCAAAAUAGAAGCUAAUUAGCAUCUGCGAGCUAGCCUUUCUUUAUUUUGGGGGGACAUUUUAUGGCGUGUAAAUGAAAAAUAAAACUGCUGGAUACAUACAAAACUAUAUUAUUGUGAUUUUUGAAUGCAUGAAACAAAGCGAAUUUAAAUGGAGUUUUAUGUGUAACGCUAGCGCGCUAGCGGAGAUGUAGGCCAGGCUAGUUUAUAGUGCGGUGUAAUGGGCGCACCUUUUUGUGUUUUUUUUGUGGAUUUUUGCAAAAUUCAGACUGUGUUGAAAAUAGUUACGUUUGAAGUUCUGGAUUUGAAAACACAAAAAAACAACAAAAAGAAACUAUUUCAUUAAGCUUUCAUUAAGGCCUGGUUGGUUUCUAAGGUACAAUGCUAGCGCUUCUGCUAAUGUGGCUCUGCGUGGUGGAAAAGUCACUCCGUCUGUCAUCAUUUAAUAAUUGGGUUGAAAUGCUUUAACACUGCAACAUGGGUAGAAAAAGAAGAAAUACACCAAGAUUUGCUAAACAAAAAACUAACUUUAAAACGUUCCCCGACAACACAAUUGUCAUUCAAUAUUUGUAUUGCUGUUUCCCCCCGAACAGAUUUACUGUCUGUACAGUUCCAUGACUGCAGCUGAAGAAGCACAACGAAACUCAAAACUACUAUAAGUGGAAAUAAAUUUGACAGAAAGCCUAAAACACAAAGUUUUGGAAGCAUUAAAGCAUGUCUAAGUGUAUUUGUUGACAAAAAAUGAAAUUCCCUCUCAACAAAUUUGAAGUUUUCUCAAUUGUGAUUUUUUUUUGUGGCAGUGACUGUAUCAUAAAAUCAGCCAAAAAAUGUAGUCAAGUUUAAAAUUCCUGAUCCUGGAUUACAUGUGCCUGGGUCAUUCAACGUUUUUCCUUUUCUAACACAUCUAUUUUGACUCAAAAACUUGUCUGUAAGCCAGCAAUCCACUGAACCACUGAUCCACUGAUUUCAAAUCCCAAGAUCACUAAACUGUCACUGUUGGUCCCCUCAGAAAGGCUCUUUAACACCAACUGCUCAGUUGUAUAAAUAAGAUAAAAGAAGUGUCUGCCAAAUGGCAUCAAUUUUAAAUGCCUGCCCAUAUAAUGCUCCAGUGUUGGCAUCGGUUACAGUGAACAUGAUGGCAGGCCAGCCUGUGUCAAUGCACAAAUACGAGGAGCGAGUUCAACAGGGGGUCGAGCAGACAGAAAAUGACCCAGAAAAGAGUUUUGCAGACACCGGAAUGGGGAGAACCUGCAGCAAUGCUCUUGCUGCGUCCAAUCGCAUGGAUGCAGAUAAAGCUUCCAUAUACAGGCACCCGCUUUUCCCUCUCCUAACCCUUCUGUUCGAGAAGUGUGAGCAGUCUACUCAGAGCUCAGAUUGUGUCACGUCAGCAAGCUUUGAUAUCGAUAUCCAGAAUUUUGUACGCAACCAAGAAAAGGAGGCCAAGGCUUUCUUCAGCGAAGACACUGAGCUUGACAGUUUGAUGGUGAAGGCCAUUCAGGUUCUCCGGAUUCACCUGCUGGAGUUGGAGAAGGUCAGCGACCUGUGUAAAGACUUCUGCAGCCGCUACAUCUCCUGCCUCAGGAGCAAGAUGAACAGCGAGACCCUGCUCAGUGGAGAAACCGAUGGCCCUUACUCUCCCCUACACACUCCAGAUUCCCAGGGCUCUGUGGUUUCUUACUCACCUAUGCAACAGGGAAACCUUUCAACAAUCACUCAGUCCCAAAUGGUGUCAGGAGGUGCAGUGUAUCAACCGGUCACAGUAGUCACACCCCAAGGUCAUGUCAUGGCUCAGGCCAUUUCACCGAGCAAGAUACACCUUCAGAACAGCCAGCAUUUACAGCUGCAGAUGAAUCAGGAUUUUGGUUUCUUCAGUAACGAAGACAGCUCCUCUAAAAACAAGCGUGGCGUACUCCCCAAACAGGCCACCAACGUCAUGCGCUCAUGGCUCUUCCAACACAUUGCGCACCCGUAUCCUACCGAAGAUGAGAAGAAACAGAUCGCUCAUCAAACCAAUCUCACUCUGCUACAGGUCAACAACUGGUUUAUUAAUGCACGGAGGCGGAUCCUGCAACCCAUGUUAGAUGCCAGCUCCACAGAGAUACCCAAAACCAAGAAAAAGACUCCACAGCCCCGCCCUCUACAGCGCUUUUGGCCUGAUUCAAUUGCUUCUUCUGUGUCCCAGCAACAGUUUCUGGAACAAAACAUGGAUGAAGUUAACAUUGUUACAGUUGGGAUGAGCAUGGACGGCUACCAAACUCUAUCCUCAGACGGAGCUACACUCGCCAUGCAGCAAGUCAUGAUGGGUAAUCACAGCGAGGAUGAAACAGACAUCAGCGACGACGAGGACGACACACACCAGUCAUCAGCUAACAUGACUGAUCUAGGCCUCAAUGCCAGUAACUGAGUCUCUCUCUCUCUCUCCCUCUCCCUCUCUCUUUCUCACACACACACACACACACACACACACACACACACAAAAGACUUUAUAUGGCCCUGACUUUGGCAAAUUGAUACGCCUGCACUACAGAGAGUUAUUAAAAAAAAACAACACCUCUUCAUGUGUACACACACACACAGUUGAUAGAGAGCAUUACAUUACAUACAAAUGUGUUUAAUUUAUAUGGAGAUGUUUGUACUGCGUAGAUGUCUAGGUGAGUGCACUUUUUUUUUUUUUUUUUUUUUUAUAAAGACAGCAAAAAAGAUAAAUAUUUGAAUGUCCCCAAGUUUUUGUAACUUACAUUCUUUUGAACUUGUUACACAAUUCUAUGCAUUUCUAUAAUAGCUCAUCUGGAUGGCUAAUUUUUGCAAGUUUGUCCUUAUGAUUGUGUGACUGUAAUGACUGUAAUCCCCCCUCAUCCUGUUGUCCUCAUUCUCUCUCACAACCAUGUCAUGAGAGCAACAAUGAGAAAUGCAUAUUUUUAUAUAUUAAGAACAAAAAUGUUUAUUUCUCUCUUUUUUUGGUUUUAUUUUAUUUUACGUUUUAUAAGGAAUAUUUAUGUACAAAAAACAUGCUAGUUAGUUGCCCAGUUUUCAGGGCUUUGUAACAUUUUAUAGGAAAACACACAAAAAAAAAAUAAUUGAAAGGUUUUUGCAUACAUAAGUUAGCAACAAAACUAUGCCUUACAUUGUUCUUUUGUAAAAUGAACUGAAGCACAUGCGUUGUUGAGUAACUGAUGAGUGGCUCAGUUCGUUUCAGCCGUGUUUGCUGGAAAGACGGGAAUGUACAUCAUAGUCAGUAGUUAGUAUCAGUCCUCAAGCUACAUUUAGACGCGUGGUUCUCCGUUUUGCCGCACUGUACAUUUUAUUCCCUGUACAAUUCAUCGGCUAAUUAACACAUCAUCAAAAUGCCGAGUGAAGGAGAAAUAUGCCGAUCAUGCAAUCUCUUGUAAUGCCAUAGAGAGCUGCACAUCAAGAUCUCCCAGGUUUACAGAUACAAUUAUGGAACUGAAAUUCCAUUUAUAAAACUGUCUCAAAAUGUUACUAAUAAAAGCAUUAAAAUCAUGUGUUCAAUCACA